GCACCAGCAUGAGCACGAAGAGGACGCCGACGUCCCCGAGGCCCACGGAACCCCUCCACGUCCAUCGGCGGGGACCAGCCAAGGGUCCGGUGACGGAGCGCCUUCGCUGCCUCCCGAUUCUCCUCCGCUCCAUGUGAAUCCAUCAACGACUCAAUCGCGUCGCCGAGACUGCUGCCCCUACUGCAGCGUCCCGGUUACGAAUUUCCUUCGGCACCUCCGGCGGAAGCACAUGGGAGAACCCGCCGUGAGGAGGCUAUUCGCGAUCGCGUACCCCGAUGACCCGAAGCGGCAACGCCGAGAGAGGGCCAUCAUUGGGGAAACCAUCAGAUCCCGUGGCAACUUCGAACACAACGUCUCCCUCAGGAGCACGGACGCCGAUUUCUUCCCGGCGCGGCGGGGCGCCGACUCGGUAGGCGCCCGAUCCAUGCCAAAUUUUAAGGUAUGUGAAAAUUGCCGCCGAUGGUAUCGACGCCGCACGUUUCGACGCCACGUCAGCCGAUGCCUGCGCCUGCAACCCGAAAGGAGGGAAGACGAGCUGCCGACGAUGGAGCGACGGCCGAGUCAGGCCGGCUCGACGCGCCAAGUGCCGCGGGGACUCGUAGUCCACGCAGGUCACGUGAACAGCGCUAGGAGGCUGGAGGAAACCCUGGCGCCGCACUUGCGCCCCGGUCCCGUAACCGAAGCCGGCCUAAGGGACCAUGUCAUCGUGGGGAUGGUGGAUCGCUUCUACGAGGGACACCGCCAGCCUCACCAUCGGCCCGCCGUCUCCCGCAGGCUGCGAGAUGCCGCCGCACUGCUAUUAGCGUGCCGCCGCGCCGACCCCGGCAUCCGGACCAUGUCGGACUGCCUCCGGCCCGGCGCAUUCCCGACCGUCCUCGAGGCCGCCCGCCAAAUGUCGGGUUACGACGUGGACUCCGGGGACGUCAGGGUGGUCGGCAUGCCCGCCCGCUUGAGAUGCGUACUUCGCGAAUGCCUCUCCUUCCGUCAUGCGGAGGUCCUCCAGAGUCGCCACGUCUCCGAGGCGGAACGCGAGCGUGUCCGCACGGAGACUGGCGACUACCAGAUCCUGUUGUCAGCCUCCUGGAGGGACCUAUUGAUGACCAACGCCAGACGAGCUCAAGCGGUGCGGCGCAUCGACAACCCGCCCCCGUUGCCCGACGAAGAAGACGUCGCCGCAGUGUUAGCCGCCGCUCGGAAUGAGGAGGAGGUGUACUCCUACGCUCUCCGCCUCCAGCCGAGCGUGUGCGAUUUCGACCGGCUCUGCCGAGCCCUUAUCGCUAGUCUCACGGUUUUCAACCGUCGCAGGGCCGGCGAGGUCGCACGCGCUCGGCUGGCGCAGUUUAGAAACCGACCUGACCCGGACGAUAUUCCGCCGGAGGCGUUGGAGCGCCUCCCUCAUGCCGAGCGGGAGAGCAUACAGAGAUACCGCGUCUUCUACGUGCACGGGAAACGGGGGCGGCGCGUGCCCGUCCUCCUGACGGCCCGUAACGUCGAGAGCAUUGAGCUCCUCGUCCGAUGUAGGUACACCCUCGGGAUCGUCACCGAGCCGUCGGACGGGGAGCUCUUAUUCCCGCGGAACGGGCAGCCCGGCGUCCCGUACGACGCGGCGCGGAUCCUACGCGACCUCAGAUCGAGGCUACCUCUGAUCCGGCCGACCGCGCUGACAACUCUGCAGCUCCGUCAGCAGCUGGGCACUCUGACCUCUAUCGUGGGGAGCGAGGCGCUGACCCAACAG